AUGAUUGCAAAAUAAGUUUUAAAUAGAUAGUUAGAAUUUUAAAUUUAAGAGAUAGAGUAAUAUUUAGAUGUAUUUAUUGAUUAUUUUAAUCUAUUAGUCAUCGUUUGAUAAUAUCAAUAAUUUUAUAGAUUAAAUAUUCAUUAAAGAUUCUCUAAUUUCUGAAUUAAACAAUUCCAAAUUAGAAUUAUAAUUAUAAUUACCAAAAGUUCCUUAAUUUAAUUUAAUUUUUUAAUCUGAGUUAUAAUCAAAUAUUGUUUAAGAAAUAAAACCAUUAAUCAAUUAUAAAACCAUACAUUAAGUUCAAAUAAAAUAAUCAUCAGAUUAAAAACAUUAAUAAUCAUUAAUUUAAUCAUAAUAAUCUUAAUUUAAAUAAUCAAUGGAUCCUAAGUCUUAAUUCAAUUCUAAACCAUUUAAAUAUCACUUAAUUAAACAUAACUCUAUUAAGUAAAGGGAAGUUUGUUAUACAAUUGCUUUUAAUAAAGAUUGUUCAAUUUUAGCUAUUGGUUGCAAAAAAUAAAUAAAAAUAUAUGAAUUUAAGCAAGGAUUGUUAAAAUUAAUACAAGUAUUAAAUGAGCAUAAAGAUAAUGUAUUUACUUUAAAUUUCAUGAAAAAAUCCAAUUAAUUUAUAUCUGGAGAUUGUGUUGGAUCUAUUUUAAUUUGGUCAAACAAUAUUAAUAAUUAAUUUAAUUGCUAAUAAAAAAUUUAAGGACAUAAUGAUGCUAUUCGAUGUUUAAUUUUGAAUACUAAUGAAGAUAUUUUAAUAUCUAGUAGUAGUGAUGAAACUAUUAAAUUUUGGAUUAAACAAAAUGAAUGGAUAUGUUAAUAAACUAUCACAAAUCAUACUAAUUGGGUUGAUUAAUUAAGUUUAAAUGAUUAAUAAAAUUAAGUUAUUUCUUGUGGAAGAGAUAAGUAAAUAUUAGUAAUUGAAUACUCGAAAUAAAAUUUAAAAUGGAUUGUAAUUUAAAAUAUUCUAGUUGAAUAUAAUGGAAGAAGAUUAUGCUUUAUAAACAAUAAUUAAUUCACAUUUUAACCAAAUUAGGGCAAUUUAAUGCAUGUUUAUGAAAUGAAUAGUGUAACUAAAUAGUUUACUAAAACUAAAGAUAUCACUGUAAAUCAAAAUUAUGAUGAUUGUGGAUUAUUUCCAUAAUAAUUUAUUAAAUAAAAAUAAUUAUUAGUGGAUAAGCAUCAUAAAUGUCUCAAUUUAAUCAGAAAGACACAAAAUGAUGAAUUUAAAGUUGAGUAAUCUAUUUAAUUUGAUGAUUAUUGUUUAUAUGGGUAAAUGAGUGACGAUGGAGAGUAUUUGAUUACUUGGGAUAAAUCAUCUAAAGAAAUAUAAAUCAGAAAAUAUACAGAAGAAGAAUGA